GUCUUGUGAGAGCAAGAUUAAAUAAAUAUUAAGUUGCCUUAAAUAUACAAAAUAUUUAUUAAUUUUUAAAUUAAAACAUGUUCUCAUAUUUGUGGCUGCUGGUACUCAAUAUUUUAUUUGUCCAAGGCAAUGAAGAUUGUUUUGAGGAUUCAUGCGACUACAGUGAAUUGCUAACGCAAUUUAUGCAAUACAUUAAUAGAAAUCAAAAUCUUACCUUACACGCCUUGAAUAUGAGUGAACGUUUAAAUAAAUUAGAAUCGCAAAUCAUAAAAUCUGAUAACAAAAUUCAUCAACUUGAACAAACUUAUUGUCAGGAUAAUCUAAAUGUUAAGCAGAGUUGUGUAAAUGAAAAAGAUAAUAGCUGGAUUGUGAUACAAAGACGUCAGGAUGGAAGUGUUGAUUUCUAUCGCAAUUGGAAUGACUACAAAGUUGGUUUCGGAAAUAAAGAUGGGGAAUUUUUUAUAGGUCUUGAAACGUUGCACAGGCUUACGGAUAGUGGCGUAACUUAUGAACUAUUGAUUGAAAUGAAAACAUUUAGUGGCAGUAAAUAUAAUGCUAAUUAUAGUCACUUUGUUGUGGGCAGUGAAUCGGAGAAUUAUAAGCUUAAAAAUUUAGGCAGAUACCAUGGUAAUGCCGGAGACAGUCUAAAUUAUCACUUGCAUCAGUGGUUCUCCACGAAAGAUCGUAGAAAUGAUCAGAAUCCUAAUGAAGACUGUGCAAAGUCAUAUGAAGGUGGCUGGUGGUAUAAUGAAUGUCAUCUCAGUAAUCUUAAUGGAAGGUAUCACAAAGAUGAGAAUACCCAAAGAGCGAAUGGAAUUCACUGGUAUAAAGUCACCGAUUAUAAUAAGUCAUUGAAAUUUGUAGAAAUGAAAAUUCGAGCUAAAACUUGUCAGAAGAAAUAAAACAAUUUAGUUUAAGAAUUGUA